AGGAAUGAGGAAAGUGGAGGAGAAGGGAGGGCAUUAUUGUCAUUUGAUUUAGAUUGGUGCGCUCUAUCGCGAAUCGAAACUGAAUAAAAGUGGUUCGCCGCUUUCUUCUGGUCUCAGGAUCAGAAUCGUUAAUUGGGAAGAAAAGUUUUUUAAGUUUAGAAAGAGAGAGAAAUAGAAAGAGAAAGAGAAAGAGAGAGGAAUGGGGCUUCUAUCCAACAGAGUGGAUAGAGCAAGCCUCAAACCAGGCGAUCACAUCUACUCCUGGAGGACUGCUUAUAUAUAUGCCCAUCACGGCAUCUAUGUUGGGGAUGAUAAAGUUAUCCAUUUUACUAGACGUGGCCAAGAAGUAGGAACAGGGACAGUGCUGGAUGUCCUCUUGUUAAGCUCAGGACCAGCCCGAUCUCAAGUGCCGUGCACCACUUGCAGCCCUCUAGUGGAGGGUCAUGGUGUUGUCUCCUCAUGCCUGAACUGCUUCCUUUCCGGUGGUGUUCUGUACCGUUUUGAGUACUCUGUCAGCCCUGCUCUCUUUCUUGCAAAAGCACGAGGCGGGACUUGUACUCUAGCAGUUUCAGACCCAGAUGAGAUUGUGGCCCAUCGAGCAAACUAUCUACUCAACAAUGGCUUUGGGUGCUAUAAUGUAUUUAAGAACAAUUGCGAAGACUUUGCUAUCUACUGCAAGACAGGACUACUUGUCCUGGAUCAAAGAACAAUGGGUCAGAGCGGACAGGCAGUAUCUAUAAUAGGUGGCCCCCUUGCAGCUGUUUUAUCUACGCCAUUGCGUCUUGUCACCACCAAUGUUUACGGGAUGGCAGCAACAGCUGUUGGGGUCUACUGUGCUAGCCGCUAUGCUGCUGAUAUUGGCAUGAGGAGGGAUGUGGAGAAGAUGUCUGCUGAGGAUUUGACGAGGAGGUUGGCAAUGGGAACACUUCAGGUUGCUGAACCGAGUAUCGGAGCUUUGCCGCCUCCCAUCUGUUAGUCCUCACUGGUUUCCAUCCUAAUAGAAUAUGAAGUUUGUAUGUUUCUCUUGAUGUUUGGUCAAUAAUUGCUGGAAACCGGGCUUUUUAAUGUCCAGUACGUCAUCAACUUGGUGGUGGACUAGCUUCGUUUUAUGCAGGUCUGCUCUUAUUUUACAUUAAAUUCUGUUUGGGGAUUGGCAUGUUCUAUAUAUUUUAGUUUGUGAAUUACAAUUUAUUUUGAAAUGAUAGGCUUUUGGACACUCUGUAUUCUUUGUGAAUUGAAAUAUAUUUUGAAAUGUUAGGCUUUGGAGAAUUUGGUUGAA